CACAGGAAGAACCCGGCUGAUUGGGUUUCAGUCUCUGCAGAGCAAAGGAGACGGCAGGCACUACAAUACGAGAUCUGGGAAUCUAGAUUCCUGUUCGUCUGGGACCUGGAUCUUCCUCCUGCGGAGACCCUACGUCUCACAGCUAUGCCUCUCUCAAGCUCUGCCCCUUCUAACAAGAGGAAGGCGGCCAGCAAGAUCAUCACUGACCUUUCCCACAUCACCCAGAAUGAGGAUGAGCUGGACCCGGACGCUGCUGAGUUCGACCUGGGCACCAAGAUCAAGACGCCGAAGGACGUGAUGCUGGAGGAGCUUUCCCUGAUGAAGAACAAGGGCUCCAAGAUGUUCAGGAUGAGGCAGCAGAGAGUCGAGAGGUUCAUCGUGACCAACGAGAACAUGCAGAACCUCCAGAACCUGCUGAUGUCUCCGCCUGUUGUUCCACCCAAACCAGAGAAGCCAAAAGCAGAAAAGGUGGAAGAGGCAGUAAAUACUCUGGAAAAGGCAAAGAGGAGGAAGGAAUAUGUCCGCACCUACAUAUCGCCAUGGGAACGAGCCAUGACAGACGAGGAGCUGAAAGCCACCAUGAAGCCUUGUAUGCCGGGACCCAUCCAUAUUCACCCAGACCUGCCUCAGUACAAAAGCUUCAACAGGACAGCGCUGCCGUACGGCGGAUUCGAAAAGGCGUCCAAGUUGCUGACCUUUGAGCUCCCAGAGGUCAGCGCUGCCGGUGAGGAGCAGGAGCCUCUCCCGACCCUUCAAGCCGACAUCUGCUCAAGACCCUCGUUCAACCGCACGCCCAUCGGUUGGGUCUGCAUCGACGGCAGCUCACACGUCCAGCCGGACGUGGAGGUCCCCUACGAGACGGAGGUCCCCUGCGAGACGGACGACCUGUGAAGACGCAUGUAGACACGAGCAUAUUUACAGUCCAAGACUUCAUCACACACAGAGAAAGCUCUUCUGGGAUUCAUGUCAGACAGACUUCAGCUCUGUCGGCCCUGCUGAGGUGCAUCUGUUAGACACACGACUUUAACUGACUGGAAACACAAAUUGUGAGCCUUUUGUGCCGCUUACAGUCUUCACUGUUGAUCAGCUAAUUGGGCGAAUAGCAGUUGAUUUUCAUGCUGCAAUUUUAAAAUAACGUAAAUAUGCAAUAAAUGUCCCCCUUUA